AUAUAAACUGUAUGUUACUGUGACAUCGAAACAAAUGCUCCGUAUAAUUUCACAUUUGGGUUUGGUUUGGUAUCGUUCACUGUCAUGGCUUCCUGAGCAAGUGGACGUUAAGGCCUGACAAUUUUUACAAAUCUAUCUCUUUCCUCGCAAAUUUAAGCUGAAAUCGAGGUUUUUAACAAGUCCUUUGCCGAUUUAUCUUAAUUAAGUAAUCAUGGCCGGGAGCAAUACGGCUCAAAAAACGUGGGAGCUAUCUAACAGCAUGCAGGAAGUUCAGAGCAUCGAUGAAAUUUACAAAUAUGACAAAAAGCAACAACAAGAAAUCCUAGCCGCGAAGCCAUGGACGAAGGAUCACCACUACUUUAAGUACUGCAAAAUUUCAGCUUUGCCCUUGUUGAAGAUGGUGAUGCAUGCCAGGUCUGGAGGAAACCUAGAGGUGAUGGGUCUAAUGCUGGGAAAGGUGGACGGUGAAACCAUGAUCAUUAUGGACAGCUUUGCUUUGCCCGUGGAGGGGACAGAAACCAGAGUCAACGCCCAAGCUGCAGCAUAUGAAUACAUGGCUGCCUACAUUGAAAAUGCCAAGCAGGUUGGUCGACUGGAGAAUGCCAUUGGCUGGUACCACAGUCACCCAGGCUAUGGAUGCUGGCUCUCAGGCAUAGAUGUCAGCACUCAGAUGCUCAACCAGCAGUUUCAGGAGCCUUUUGUGGCUGUUGUGAUCGACCCCACUCGGACCAUUUCUGCAGGGAAAGUCAACCUCGGUGCCUUUAGAACGUACCCAAAGGGCUACAAACCUCCAGAUGAGGGACCAUCAGAAUAUCAGACAAUCCCUCUGAACAAGAUAGAAGACUUUGGUGUGCACUGUAAACAGUAUUACGCCUUGGAGGUCACCUACUUCAAGUCUUCCCUUGAUAGAAAACUCCUGGAACUCCUUUGGAAUAAAUACUGGGUUAAUACCUUAAGUUCCUCAAGCCUCCUUACGAACUCAGACUACACCACAGGCCAGGUGUUUGACCUGUCGGAGAAGCUGGAGCAGUCGGAGGCCCAGCUCGGCAGAGGCAGCUUCAUGCUCGGCUUGGACACGCACGACAGGAAGUCUGAGGACAAACUAGCCAAAGCGACACGAGAUAGCUGCAAGACAACCAUAGAAGCAAUUCAUGGGCUGAUGUCUCAAGUCAUUAAGGACAAACUCUUCAAUCAAAUCAACACAUCUACCAAUUAAAGCUAAACCUCAAGGCAGUUUGGAUUUCACCUGGAUUUUUUUUUUGUGUGUGCAUGUCCAGCUUCUUUUGGAUUAUAGGUGUAUAUCUAACAGCUAAGAGUUGUGUCACAUUGGAGUGAUUUUGUGUCUGUUUUUUCUUAUUAAAGCAAAAGCUCAUAAAUAUAGUAAUACAUAGAAAAACAUAAAUAAAUAAAAUAUAAAAAGCACCGUAUGUGGUUAUUUCAUAUGAUCUAAACUAAAUUAUAUGGAUUUUUUUAUCCUAUAGGACAAGUUAUAGUUGGGACAGUAAAUAGUUUCAUUGUAAAUUGGAUUAGGGGGGUUAUUUCUAUUUAAAUGUUCAGUCCCAUAAACAUAGUAUGUAUUCUCAAUGCCUUCUGCAGACUUUGGACUUUUUUUGGAUGCUAAUUUAAACAUCUUUUCACCCAUAAUCCUUUGCAGUGCAUAAAAAUAACACACUAUAGUCACAUUUAGCACUAACCCUGCACCAGUCAGUCAUCCAAGUGUAGCCUGUCAUUGCAUUACAUAAUGGAACAACAAACCCAAGCUUCUGCACAAGCUCAACAGGAAUUUACUGCCAUGUGUGGGAUGUCUGCAGAGUCACUCCCCGCACAUUUUGGGACUCGGCCGUACAGAUUCUGGCAGAACGCUCAGCUCGGCAGGUUGUGGCGUGACGGUGAUGCAACACAGAGACAAGUUGCCUACACAGGAGUCUAUUCACACCACGUGUCUGCUCUCCAUCGAAGCAGCCUCUCACCAAGUCUGCUUUUUUUUUUUUUUUUUUUUUUUACUGACAGCUGCUCAGGCCUGGGUUUGUGUCAUGUCUUGUUUUUAUGGUAUUGUAAUGGUCAAGUGUAUAUUUUUAAUGUCAUGUAUUGGAGAAGAGAGAAUCCCACUGGGACUGUGUACGUACAUGUUUUUUCUCAUAUCCAUGAGCUCUGGCACCAUUUCUUAUAAUGAUUUUUUUCUUAACCAUAAUUCAAACUAUGACUUUCAAGUUGAGGGUUUUGUGUUUUAGAAUUAAUUUAAUUUAGCAGUCUAAAAUUGCUGAAUAGUGUUUUUAAACAGUCUAGUGAAUAGCUCAUGUUUUUGCCAGAUAUUUAAAUGAAUUACAUGGAUGCCUGUCACAAUGCUGAGGAAAUAUUUAAAAUAUGCACUUCUAAAAUAGUUUUGCCUAACA